UGCAAGGAGGGACUAAUGAUAAUCAUCAUGAUUUUGUUCUUCAUGUUUGCAUUUCUACCUUCUGCCAGAGACCUCAGAGCAGCAAAGUAAACAGCUCAUAUUAACCUCAUAAUAACCCUGUGAGGUGGAUUACAUAGGAAGAAGGACUCUUGCAAGGCUACACAGUAAUCCCCAAGGCACAUAUCUCUAAGCAGAUGAAGGACUUGGAACCAUCUGGAGCUUGUCCUGUAGUUUUAAAAUCCAUUACCCCACUCAUCUGACGUGAACAAUGCCUCCACCACCGCUUGUAGGUAAAGAAUCCGUUGCUAGCAACAUUUUUGUUCCUGGCUGCCACUCACUGUGCCAUUCACCAAAGCAGCAUGGCCAGCAGCAACCAAGCCUGCCGCCCUGUCAAUGCUACCAUUUCAGCUGAGAAGGACGACUGCCCUGUCUGCAUGGCCAUCACCACUACCAUCUGUAGUGGUUACUGUAAGACCAAGGAAUUGCUGUGGAAGCCAAUCUUCUCCUCCUUCAGCCAAAAGGUCUGCAUUUACAAAGACGUACAAUAUCAGACCGCACUUCUGCAAGGCUGUCCCCCAGAUGUCGAUCCGUCUUUCGUCUACCCUGUAGCUCUCAGUUGUCACUGUGACCUAUGUAACAUGGAUUCCAGUGACUGUACUGUUCAGGGCACUGGGCCCGACUUCUGUAGCAACCAAAAUCGCCUUGCCUAAUAAAGAAUAAAUAACUAAUAAAUGCCAUGCUAGGCAAACAAUAGUGCA